GUGAAUAUUUACCACUCUGGUUGCCGUUGUCACCGUUGUCCAUGUCACAUCAUUGUCGUCUCAAGAGGGGCCAGAAAUGUCUGGUUUCUCAGGUGUUCUAAGUCAUAGGUCUCCAUUCUAUUCGGGCACCAUGCCAUGGCUGGUGGCGUGUCUAGCCGUGGCCCACGUGGCCGUGGCCAAUGCUGUGAGCCAUGGGAAGCUCAGCUCACCGGAUCUGGACGAUGACGUGCCGAAGUUCGAAACCUUGGAAUAUGCGGUGGCCAUCGGACCAGGGGGUGAGGCGGAGUUCAGGAGCCUGGAAGCCCAAAAUCUCCAACAGAUCAUGCCCCACGAGUGGGACCCCAUGUUCAGCCCGGUCCCGUUGCUGCGGAACGAGCAGCGGGAUCCAGAUGGCACGGCAGCAGUGGAUGAACAAGCAGAUGUGGAAGAUGAUGAGGGAACCUCUGAAGCUACCGAUUCGAGUGUCUCCAACAGCAGCUUUUCCUUCACCUUUCGUCAACACGUCAGUGGUUCCACGCCCAUCGGUGCCCUGGGAAUGGGGACGCCCUCCAUAGCGCUGAACAUGAUCCUGGACACCGGCAGUGAUAAGUUCGUCGCCAAGACCUGGGCCACCAUCAAGGCGGAGUUGGAUAAGAUUGAUGCAGGAGCUUCGGACGAAGUCUUCCCAGGUGCCAAGAUCUACAACCACAACGCCUCCAAGUCUUACGUCCAGCUCUAUGCCUCUCAGAACGGGAGCAAAGUGCCGCGACAGGGCUUCAUCGCCUAUGGCAGUGGCAUGGCCAUCACCUUGGAAGGACGAGAAACCAUUCGCAUCGGAGAUGAUGAGAAGUUCGUGAGUAUGCAGAAGUUCCCCAUCUCGGAGAUCUCAUUGGAUUCGCUUCAGAUCCUACAUUCCUCCAAGGGAAUCUCCGGCAUAUUGGGGCUGCAGCACAUGAUGAAUCGAUCUUUAGGGCAAUCCUUCUACUCGGUGCUCAGAGACAAAGCGGUGCUGCAUUCCUUCGGCUACUGCCGUGGCAAAAACAACGACGGUUUCUUCAUUUGGGGCGACCAGUUCAAGGACGGCAAAGCGGUGAAUGUGCUGGGCCAAAUGCAUUGGGCGGUGAAGUUGAAGAACAUGCACGUGCAGAAGAAGAGGCCCCAAGCCUCCCUGAUGGAACGCUUUGACGCUCGCAUCAGCGACGCGGAGGACUCCUUGCUGGAAGAAGAAGCUCAGAACCACACGGCCUUGAAGUUCCACCUCUGCCGUAAGAGUUCCUGCGUGGCGGUCAUCGACACUGGUUCCAACAUCAUCGCCAUGCCCAAUGAGGCGGUUAGGAGCCUGUCGAAGAUGUUGGACGUCCAAACAGAUUGUUCCAACUUGGCACAACUUCCCAACCUCCACUUUGUGUUGGGUGAGGACAUGCACAUUUCCUUACCUCCCUCUGCCUACAUCAUGAAGGUCAAGCUGCCACGCCUCAAGGAGGAGCCCAAACCCGACGCCGAGGCCGGAAGCGGCGAGUUCCGCGACGGCGCGCAGCUGGCGGAGACGGAGAUGGGGUCGGAGAGGCGAAGCAUCUACCAGGCCCAGGUGGAGUCCUUCUUGGAGGACACCUACCGGGAGCAUGGUCUGGAUCUGCGGGCGGUGUUGCAGGUGGAUCUUGUGCAGGUCUUGAGGAAUUCCUCCACCCUGUGUAUGCCAGCCAUCGUUCCCUUAGAUCGUGAAACUCAGAAGGGCACUCUAUUGGUGGUGGGAGGUCCACUCUUUGAGAAGUACUAUACCCGAUGGGCUUGGCCAAAGGGCAAGAUGCCUCAGAUCUAUCUAAAGCAUCUCCAUAAGGCAGAGGCCUGUUUGGUGAAGGAGGUCGACAGCGACGGCUCGAGCAAUCCGGCGCCGAAGAUGACGGUCUGGCGCGCCCACGAUGGCCACGAUGGACGCAUGAUCCGUGCUGAGAAGGUCAAGCCGCACCAUCACGGCGCCAGCCACCCGGCGGAGUUGAACGAGAACAACGCAGAGACGAGGCUUCGGGAGAUGACCUUGGAUGAGAUCCGGUAUCCGCACUGGGCGAAAGACCUUGAAGAUCUUUGAGCAACCGAAAAG